CUUAGAAUACAGGCUCAGACAACGCCUUUCACUCCUACUUGCACGCCGCCCGGAGAAUCUUAGCCAAACACUCGGGGCGCCAUGGACCACAACCCCCACACCCUGGACCCCCGGCACCGCAGCAUGGACUUCCGGCAGAGGAACAUGCUCCUGGACCACCGGGACGACUUCGGCACCACCUUCGCCGUGCUCAUGAUCCAGGUGGCCAUCUUCCUGUCGGCGGGCGUCUGCCUGGGCCUGCCGCUGCUCAUCUGGGCGCUGCGUCGGCUGCACGUCUUCCUGCGCCGCGGCGGGCGCGUGACGGCCUUCGUGGCCUCGGCGCUGCUCUUCGACUUCCUGGAGCUGGUGAUGAGCUCGGUGGUGGUGAUCGUGCUGGCGCGCGGCGUCUGCCUCAUCACGUCCAUCAAGUGCCGCCUCAUGCUCUUCCUGUGGCUGGGCAUGCAGUUCUGCGGCCUGCACUUCCACCAGCUGGCCGCGCUCGAGGGCGUCCUGGCCCUGGUCAACCCCAUGCUCACCGCCAGCUGGCCCUUCGUGCUGGUGACGGUGGCCGCGUCGCUGCUCGAGUGGGUCUUCCUGGUGGCGUACGUGGGCGCGGCGCCGCACCUGGAGUGUCCGGCCGCGUACAUCGUGUGGUUCCUGCUGGCCGUGGUGCUGUUCAUCGCCACCGCCGUGCUCACCUUCCUGUACCAGCCGCCCGAGGACCAGCGCUGGUACCGGGCCAAGAAGAACGGGCGACUGGCGCUGGCCGCCGCCAGCCUGCUGGUCGUCUACGUGCCGCACUACUUCGCGCGCGGCAUCCUGUUCGAGCACGACUCGGAGAAGGAGCCCGAGGUCAACGAGUACGCCAUGGUGGGCUGUCUCUCGAUGGUCGUCUUGCAGCUGGUGGUCGACCCCCUGCUGUGCGUGCUCUACUUCAAGGAUAUUCCCGAAAUACAAAUAGAUACAGAUAUCCCUAGCGUGCCACGGAUGAGUUUGAACUGA